UUUAGACGGAAAACGAACGAAUUGAGAUCAAGUACGGUGAAGCGUAAAAAUUCGAAAAUACGCUUGAAAACUGAAUAGAAAAAACAAUUUUCAAAAAAAUAAGUGCAAGUAAAGGAAACGGAAAUAAGAAAAAAUAUGAAAACUGUGAGACAUACUAGAAAAGGAUAACGAAAUACAUUUUUUUGGGGUUUUCUCGAAAAACCUCAUAAAAAUAAAUAUUAAAUAUUUUUUGUGAAGUUAUUUAAAUAUUUUUGUUAUACAAAAUGAAUGUCGACGAGGUUCGCCAGAGUCUACAAAGCUUCGGCUGGGUAGAUUAUAUGGUCUUUAUUUUAAUGUUGGCCAGCUGCGCCGCCAUUGGUGUCUACUUUGCUUUGCAAAUGCGUCGAAAAUCUAAACUCAAUCAGGAUUUAACGAAUAAGGAUGCUGAGGAUGAUUAUCUGGUGGGUGGUAGGAAAAUGAAAAUAUUUCCCAUUGCCAUGUCGCUGAUAUCAAGUUUCAUCUCGGGCAUAACCUUGCUGGGCACUCCCACCGAAAUCUAUUUGUAUGGCACCCAAUAUUUGUACAUUAUUGUGGCCAUGAUCUCCAUGGGAUUUCUGAUGCAUUACUUCUAUCUGCCGGUGUAUCAUGAACUGAAACUUAUCUCCACAUAUCAGUAUUUGGAAUCCCGAUUCGACAAGAAAGUUCGCCUUUUUGGUUCGGUGCUGUUUAUAUGUGGUACGAUGCUCUGGCUUCCGAUUGUGAUAUAUGUUCCGGCAUUGGCCUUCAAUCAGGCCACCGGGGCCAAUAUACAUCUGGUGACACCCAUGGUGUGUCUGGUGUGUAUUUUCUAUACCUGUGUGGGUGGUUUAAAGGCCGUUGUAUGGACGGAUGUGGUGCAAACCCUGCUUAUGUGCGGUGCCAUGGUGUUGAUAAUGAUCAAGGGCACCAUGGAUAUUGGCGGACCGGCAGUGGUAUUCCGCAAGGCCAUGGAUAGCGGGAGAAUUGAGGCGCCCAACUUUACCUUUGACAUCUUUGAACGUUAUACAAUAUGGUCCCUGGUCAUUGGUGGUGUCCCCCAUUGGCUGAAAUCGAAUGCCAUCAAUCAGAAUAUGAUCCAGCGUUAUUUGUCCCUGCCCACUUUGGCAGCUGCCCGCAAGGCUAUUUGGUAUUUCAUUGCGGGUGUGCUGAUAUUUUUGGUCAUCUGUGGUUAUAGUGGGCUGCUGAUCUAUGCCACCUACUCGGAAUGUGAUCCACUGGAGACGAAGCUCGCCAAGCGCAAGGACCAACUUUUGUCUCUCUUGGUCAUGGAGACCCUGAAAGAUUUCCCUGGCUUGCCUGGUCUCUUUGUGGCCGGAGUUUUCAGUGCCGCUUUGUCUUCUCUGUCCACGGGUUUAAAUUCCAUGUCUGCUGUCAUUUUGGAGGACUUCUUUAAAAUGUUUGUCAAAAAGCCUCUGACAAAACGGCAGACGGCCUUUAUUAUGCGUUUUGUGGUGGUGCUGUUCGGGGCCCUCUGUGUGGGCCUGGUUUUUGUGGUGGAACAAUUGGGCACUGUACUGCAGCUAAGUAUUACCCUGUCAUCGGUGGCCAAUGGACCGCUACUGGGAAUAUUUACGGCGGGUCUAAUGAUACCCUGGGUUGGGGGAACGGGUGCCUUGGUGGGCGGCUUUGUCAGCCUGACCUUCAUGAUAUGGAUGUGUGUUUCGGCCCAACUGGAUUUGGCCAGUGGUGCGGUGAAAUAUAUACGAAAACCCUAUACAACGAUGGGAUGUAAUUACACCUUUGUGGAUUUGAUACCCAUGAGCCAGGUAUCGGAAAAUAUUACAGAGGUCCUGGAGGAAGUAAGUCCCCCCUCCCUCAAGGUCUAUCACAUUUCCUAUCUCUUCUACACGAUGGUGGGGGCUGUCAUCACCAUAGCCAUAGCCCUGGCCGUCACCUUUGCCUUGGGUACCCACAAAAUCGACAGCGUGGACUCGACACUACUCUCACCCUUUGCCAGACGUUGGAUAGAACGUCAACGCCAAAAGAAACCCACUGUGCCUUCGACGACUGAUCCCAAGCUGAGAAAUGGAAAUUUUAAAACUAUAGAAGAAACAAAGACAUGAGUAGGGUGUGGCAGCUGGGUUCUGCAGUAUUUUCCAUAGAGUUCCUUAUCAAGAGAAAUGUCAAUUGCCAGCAGAAGGUGGAAAUUAAUUUUCUUUUUUGAUAAACCAAAAAUAUAGUUUAAUGUUGUUAGGUUUUUUAAUAAAUAAAUUAUGAAUUUUUAAGGAGA